AUGAAGGUCAUUCUCGCCGGCUCCACGGGCUUCAUCGGCGGCCAAGUGCUGGACGUGUGUCUCCAGAGCCCCGCCAUCACGUCGCUGGUGGCGCUAACGCGACGCGAGCUGCCCGCCCAUCAGAAGUUGCAGUCGGUGAUCGUCGAGGAUUUUCGGCAGUACCCGGACUCGGUACGAGAGGCCAUCCAUGGUGCGGACGCGUGUAUCUGGACGCUGGGCAAGGCACGCAUGCCCGACGAUGAGACCGCGCGGCGGGUGAGUGUGGAAUACACGCUGGCAGCGGCGCGAGCGCUGCAGGAGACGGCGCAGAAAAAGAUUCGGUUCGUCUACUGCAGUGGUGGCGGUGCAGAGAAGGAUCAGAAUAAGCCGCUGUGGUUCAUGCAGGAGUACCGGCGUAUCCGAGGCCAAGUGGAGAAUGACCUGCUGGCAUUCGCCCACGAUCACGCCAGCUUCGAGCCAUACAUCCUGCGACCUGGCAUGGUGCUGUCGCGCGAGGUCAAUCUGCGUAGUCUGGUGUUUAGUCUGGGGCCAUCGGUCAAGGUCGAUACUCUGGCCGCGGUCAUGGUGGAUCUGGCGUUGAAGGGGGCCGAGAGGACCAUGUGGGAGAAUGCCGACAUCAAUCAAGCAUGGAGCUAA